UAGUUUUUGACUACUUUUUCUUUCCAGACCAGCCCAUCACAAACUGCAACUCCAUCAACAGCCAGCACAAUGGAGAUGUCUCAAAAGAAAGAAAAACCUGCUAUUAAGGAUUUGUACAUCCCACCGCCACCAGCUGUUCCAUAUACGCCACGGAAUGACCAGGGUGACCUGGAUUAUGAAGAGGUCAGCAAGCAUGGACCAGUCAGGCCUGUACCAAAGGGUUCUGAGUCACCCAAUUCUUUCCUUGAUCAAGAAUACCAAAGGCGGCGGUUUACCAUUGCAGAAUAUGAUCAGUUGCCCCCGUAUGCAUUUGAAGUGCCUAAACCCACCAGAAUGCGGGACAAGACACAGCUAUAUGGAAGACCACGACCUCUGUCAAUGCCGGUGAGUGGGAGCUGGAUGGCUGAAGUUGAAGCUUGUUCACGGCCCAGAGCGGAGGGAAGGAAAGGGGAUGACUUUCUCUAUAGAUACUUCAGCAAUGAUAGAAUUCCACCAAUCAACGAAGAUUGUGCUGCAUCACAUAUUUCUCAACCAGCUGCUGGCAGACAUUCUGGAAGGGCUGUGAGUGGGAGAUAUUCUGUCAGCCCUGAAACUCGCAACAGUAUGAUAUUCCCUAAUCAGCAAGAUGGACCCCAAAAAAGCGCAAAUUCACCACAUAAAAGCUCAUUGGAACAUUCAACGGUCAGUUGGAUUACAAGAUUUAAGCUAUUACCUCACUGAAUUUUAUAUUUUUUUUGCCAUUCAUUUCAUACUUGUGUCUGAGAGCAGUAUACUAAGCUACAUGUUGUCUCAUUUUGUGAUGCAAUCACUGAGAAAAAUAAAUUGGUGUCACUUGGUCAAUUUUUAAAGUCAGAGUAAAGAUGCAGGUCUUAAGAGAGUCCUGUUAAUUGUGCCUUAUGCAGUGACUAAAUAGAUUACAAUUGCAAUCCAAUUUUAUCCAUUUGAUUUUAUAAUCACCACCUCCUAAUAAAUGUACAGCAAAGUUGCAUCAAUUUUAUUUUCCUCUGGAGAUCCUAGGCUAAGGUUUUAAGUCUGAGAGUAUAUGAACUGAGCAAUGUGAGAGGAUUUUGCAUUGACUUUCAUAGUUAGCUCUAGACUGACGUUUGUAGCAUCUGCACAUUUUUUUUUCUUGAGUAAUGAGUAGAAUUGAAGAAUGUUACAGAAACAGAAAGCAGGGCAACAGUGUACAUUUGCAAAUGCAAUUACUUUGAUAUGUGGAAAUGUAUAUACAAAACUUUGUAAUGCAUGAUUCAUCAAGCAACUUAUUUGUUCUGAAUAUCCUGAUUUCCCUCUUGUGAUUGACUUACAGAGCAGCCUUGUUGUAGUCCAAAGUGUGAAUGAUGUAAUGAGUGAACUGGUUUUUGAAAUUAUCAGACCACUGAUCUAAAUUGUAUUUGCAUUGUUAGCUAAAUCUUUUAUGCAAUACAUUUCUGAAGGGGCAGAGAAACUCUUAAAGGGCAUACUCAACUGGUAUCAUGUACCAACCUGGAUUGAGGUGUCAGAUUCCUGAAAUUUUUUAGUGCUCCUUCAUGUUUUAAAAAAAUCAAAUCUUUGAUAUCUAUUAUCAUUUGAGUGAAAUCAUAGAAAUUUUCAGCUCUUCAGGAGACCAUUCAGCAUUUCAAGGCUAUUCUAGCUGCUGUGGAACCAUCCAGCCUAACUUGCUUUCCAGUGCCUGGUCCAUUGCCUCAUAGGUUGCAGUACUUCAAGCAUAUAUCCCAAGUAAUUUUUAAAUGUUUAGAGGAUUUUUGCCUCUUGCACCUUUUCAUGCAGUGGAGUGAAAUCUUCUUCACCAUCUGCAUGGAAUACUUUCUCCUCAAAUUAUUUGAAAGCUCCUACCUGUCGUGACAAAUUUUUGCAUGAAAAUGUCUUAAACAUGUCCCUAUGUACAACUCCAAAUCAUUGAUGUAUACCAAAAAAAGGCAAAGGACCUAGCACUGAAUCCUGUAGAACCCAUUGGAAACAGCUUUUCAAGGACUCUGUGACAGAGCAAUUUUCAUUCUACCACUAUGCAAGUUCUAAGUUUCAAUACCUUUUUAUACUUGUAUGUUUCUCCUUAGAUUUGUUUUCUUUCAAUCUUGCAAUCUGUUGAUAUUUAUACUAUAGUUAGACUUGGGUACUUUUUGCUGUUAGAUUUUUCUUUUUUGAUAGAUUUAACACAUUCUUGUUGAGACUGUUCUGAAGAUAAUGUAUCAGUAUAGUUUUUAUUUUCGAAUGCUGCCAUUUUAGAAUUGGGGUUAAUGCUUAUUUUUCCCUAUAUGUUAUUGUAUCUAUUUUGCGUAUUUUUGGGCCAUUAUUGAACGAUUCUAGAUUGGCUUGUAUUUGGCUUUAAGUCCAAGUCAAAUGUCUGGUUUUUUUUACUGGUUUGUGGAAGACAGAUGCUUCUGGGUGUGUGAAUCAAGGGCAUGGAAGUUAUUUGAUGGACAGCUUGUUUUUGUUUUCUUUAGUGAAAGAUACCUGAAGAAUUGUGAUCAAGAAAAUUCGGUGUUCAAAUUUCAGUUCCUCCGAAGGUCAUUGAUUAUCCUGAGUUGUGAUCUAUGUCUGCUCAUUCCCAGCUCAUAAAGACCACAAUCAAAUACUGACUAAAAUAUACUUUUCUUAAACAACAUUGAUUUCUUUGCUAUUGUUUAAUGUGCAACUACUUCAGCAGUGAAGUCAUUGAACUAUACAAAUAUGUUGAGAAAUUUCAUAAAACAAAAAUAAUCAAAACCAAAGUUUAAGAAUGUGCACUAAAUGUGUGGAGUGUUUAAUUCAUUCAGGCAAUGAGUUAUAGUUCAGAGCAACUGGGCAAUUUUUCAAUGCUCUUUUCCUGUGAUAUGAAUGGAAAUACACGUAAUGAAAUGAGGCAUCUGUAUGAUUCUGGUCAAGAAGGAUGGUGUGGAUCUCUAAAGUGGUAACUAUAAGGAUUGGGAGUUCCAAGUUUAGUCUAGAAGUGUAGUUAAUUGGGACACAAACCUGCAUGUCAAUUUACUUGCCAAAUAGUUAAUUAUGCACCUGGAUUACUGGAUUGUGUAGAUUUACAACUAUUUGGAUGUUAAUAGAGUAUUUAAAUAUAUAUAAAAAUAUGCUUUACAGUUUUGUUUUUAACUUGUACAAUGUUCAAUGGUCUACCAUGGCUAUCAGUGUAUAAACUAAUUUGUAAUAAGUGUGUUGAUAGGGUUCAGUAACAUACCCCUUUGCUUAAAUUGGCAAAAUUUGCACAAGAAAGGCAUACAAAUAUUUAUAUGCAAAGUUUCUGACUGUGUCUAUUUUUUUUAAAACAUCUCCCCAAUAAAUUCCAUUUCUAGAUUUAAGGGGAAUGGAAAUGUUUAUUGUACCUGUUUCAGGGAGUCAGUGUCUAUACAUGUUUAUUUUGGGCUGAAAGAAACAAAACAUCAACGGAGUUAAAACAGAUUAACAUUUCAAAUAUCAUUUGGAAAGAUUAACACACUUCAGAAUGUAAAUAACUGUAAUAUGACUUUGUCAUUGCUUAAAACAUGGUGUUAAAACUUGCAGGAUUACUGAUUAAAGGUGCAGUUUUUUACAAAAAUUGUCACUUCAUUUUGUGCUAUUUGGUGAAGAUGCUCUAACAUAGAAUUGGAGCUCAAGAUUCACUUACACUGGUUCGAUUUCUGGUGCAAAAUAAAUUGUAUUUAUUAAAAA